AGUUUUGAACGGUGAUUCGAAUUCGAGAGGUUAGGGGAGGUGAUUGCUUGUAGAUUAGCCCGAUGCGCUGAUAAAAUGUCUUACUUUACGUUCAGGAACGGUCAUUCAUGGUGAACAUUAUUUUUGUUGUUAUUUCACUUGGAUAGUUUAGUUCAAGUUUGAGUUUCGAAAAGCGUGUGCACUGUGCACUUCAACUUCAACUUCAGCUUUGACCUCUGAACCUGCCGGGCUACUUGGGACAAUAUAUUUUAUGUAACUGAGCUGUAACCAUGCAGCGAACAACCCAAAUGGAGAACAUUUCAACUCAGGCAGAGCCAGUUCCUUGGAUUUUGAGAAGACAAUAUUCUGAGCCCCAAGCAACUCACUCCACAAGACAGUGUCUGGAACAAAGAUUUGCCUUCUCUGCAACAUCUGUGGCCAUCUCAACAAAUCAGUCUACAGAAUCAAGAUCAAUGAGUGGGCUGUUCAAUAUGAGACUGCCAUCAAUUUCUUCUAUCAAGAACACUCAACCACAAGAGGCCUUGAGGCAGGGCCAGAAGAAAGUACAAAGAGCAUUUCAUGAAGUAGCUUCUACUUUUGAUAUGUUGUCUCAACGUCUGCGCCGCUCCACCCGGCGCCGGUACCGGCUGACCAACUCUCCGUUCACACCGUCCCCGGGCAGCCCGCGCCGCCGCUCGCGGCUGCGCGCCAGCCCGGCGGCGCGGCUCUACUCGCCGUUCGGCAUCGAGACGCCGGCAGAGCGCGCCGGCUGUGCCAACCGAGCGCUGGAGGUGACUCCGCCCGUGCCCAAGCCACCGCCGAGACGCCGUCGGGUUCUUCAGAACGUGGCCAACACUGGCGCGGCGCCGUCCCCGCGGCCCAAGGCCCGCGCGCCGCACAGCGGGCCGUCGCCGGGCCAGCGGCGCGCGCUCGGGCCGGCCUGGGCGCCGCCCUCUGACGGCUUCCACAGCCCCACGGGCCGGAUGCGCAGCGACGCGGCGCGCGCAGAGCGCUCCGGCCGCGAGCUGCACCGGCUGGCAGAGACGGUGGGCCGCCGCUCGUUCCGCCUCUGAGGCGACACUGGGACGGUACGGCCCUCGGAGACGGGGAGCUGCCUCAGACGGUGACACCGGCGCCCGGCGCCGAGCCGAAAUCUCAUCCGCCUCAGAUCUAACACUGAAUCAAAAUGGUUUCUAAAACGUCAUGACAUCAAUUCCGAAUGGCCACUCGUUUUGUAAUACUUGUCAUGAACUUGGCAUGUGAGGUUUGUAUGAUUUCAAAUUGCCUGCUGUUUUAGACGUUGUUUCAGUACGGUUUACGUUUGUCCAGUCCCUAGCACUGUGGCUCGAUAAGUUUUCUAGUAGCUGAACUCCACAGUCUGAUGGAUGCCAAGCUCGCGGGGACUCCUGCCAGCGCGCAGGUGAUCCCCGUGUUCCGCCUUCUGCCGCUAUUGCUCUGCAUUUAGCGAGACUCCCUGAGGAAGGUUGAGUCCGCGUCGCAUGGCAUGCUUUAUAGCGCCUUAUUUGCUAGGUAGGUAAGUUAAGUUGGCACUUCUCGCGUAUAGUUGCGGCAGCAACUGCUGUAGAUGUGUACCAAUAGGGGCUCCAAAGUUUUUUUUUUACCUUUGUUCCUAUGGGGAAGCUUUUGGAAGGACACUACCAAUUCAGUGAUGUUCCCUCUUCCCUUGAUUCUGUUGAGUGCUCUUAAGUCUGACUGUGGCAACCAAUCGGUCUUUGACAAGCGUUUUAUCAAGGCUGGUAUCGCUUGACGCAUCCCAUUGGAAGCAUUUUGUUUUCGCCUGAGAUACCUUUGUUUUGGCAGUUUGUACUUGCAGAUGCAUGAUUGUCUCAGGUCCUUACGUACUUUGUGGUGUAAAGAUCUUGCCGUUUUGAUUGUCGUAAGGAAUCAAUUAGACUAACAGUUUGAUGAUGUACAAAUGUCCGAUUGGCCAAAGACACUGUUUCGUUGAAUGCUCAACCUGGAGUCCUGUGACGUUACUUCACAAUGAUUCUUUUGUGCGAAGACAUUGUUGACAAGUAUGAUCAUCUAAAUGCCAGUAUGAAAUGCGCUCAUCAACAUCUCGUGCUGUGUAAAAUAGUUCUGAGUUUUUUUCUGUGUGUCAGUAUUAUUUCCUUUUUGCCAUGUCGCGUCACCAAAUCAUUAGACUAGCGAAAAUGUCAUAGAAUCAGCUUGUAGACAGUGUAAGAUGAUGAACGAUACGUUUUCUGGCUGAGCCGCAUUGCGACAUCGACCGACGUUUGCGACGAGCGUUCAUCGGCUGUUACCGAUGCUGCGCUGCGUGUUUGCUUACAGUAGCCUCUGUGAGGACCCGGCUCGCUUGCUGGUGUCCGCUUCGCCUGUCGCCUGUCAUAUGCACUGCUCACUCGCUUAUUUGCGUACUGUAUCGUGCUCUUUUCACCAAUAGACACAUGAACAUUCAA